CACAUCAAUCGGUGGUCCCUCCAGUGGCUGUCUCUGAGCACGUGUCCUGCUGGACUGCGUCAGCACUGGGUAAACAGAUGACUGGCUGCGAACUGGGAGGAGCUAUUUAAGAGCAGUCACCCUCCCGCCUGCCCUCAACUUAGCUGGACUGCAUCCUUCUGCGCUGGAAACCGCCAAGCCAGCUGAUCCCCCAUCCAAAGCCAUGAAGAGCGGCGUAUGUCUGUGCGUGCUGAUGGCAGUCCUAGCUGCUGGCGCCCUGGCGCAGCCCGUAGUCCCUGCAGAAGCUACGGAGCCCGUGGAGCAGCGGGCGCAAGAGGCGCCCCGAAGGCAGCUGAGGGCUGUGCUCCGGACGGACGGCGAGCCCCGAGCGCGCCUGGGCGCACUGCUAGCGCGAUACAUCCAGCAGGUCCGCAAAGCUCCUUCUGGCCGCAUGUCCGUUCUUAAGAACCUGCAGAGCCUGGACCCCAGCCAUAGAAUAAGUGACCGGGACUACAUGGGCUGGAUGGAUUUUGGCCGGCGCAGUGCCGAGGACUACGAAUACCCAUCGUAGUGGGCCAGCAUCUCGGCGCUGCUUGGAGGAGGUGGAAUGAGGAAACAACCACACAUACGACCCCUCGCCUCUAAUGUCUGACGUUUUGAGUAUCUAUUUAUUAAGUCCCCAAUAUGAAAUCUGUCCAGAGUGUGCAAUGCAGCCACACCUCAACCUAGCUGUGUGGUCGGAAGGCAGUGUUUCCUUCAGUGACUCCCAGACCUAAUGUUGCUAUGCUAUUAAAGAGAUUUCCUUCUGCCCCUCA